UUUGCUGUAGGUAUCCAUAAGAUUUUGUUAGUUAUAUCACAGAUUAAGUAAAAAAAUUAAAUUUUUUAUCUAAUCUGUAGUUAUAAUAUCAUCAUAGAACAAUCAUGUAUGUAGGUAUCAUACUAUCAUUACUGUUUUGUGAUUAUAUUAUAUAACUUUAAUAUCUAUGAAGGUGGCACUGUGGCAGGCUAGUCUAAGGCCGUGGUGGCAGGCGUAUAUUUAUUAAUCAUAUUAUAAUAAUCUGGUAUCUUGUUUGUGUCACUUCGCACUUGAUAACAGUUGUUACAUACUUAUAUUUUUUGAAUUAAAUUUCAGUCGUUUUUUGUUUGCUUAGACUAAAAUGUAUACUUUUAAUUUGUAAACUCUUGUAUAUGGUCAUUUUUUUAUUAUAAGACUCGCAUUCUUCAUUAAUUUGUCUAAAAUUUGGCAUUUUAUUUUCAACUUUUUAAUAAUUAAUUACAAUUUCACAAUGUCUAAACAGAAUAUAGAAGUCUCAAUUUUAAAGUCAUAUCCUCAUCACAACAUGUUAAGUUACUGCGAAAAUAGACCGAAAUAUAGACAAGGUCGGAAACUUACAGCAAUUAAGGUUUACACGGUGAAUGAUGAGUCACAGCAUUUGUUGAUCAGAGGUGUGCCAUCUGUCAAUUUACACGAUGAAGUGGAGAAGUUAUGCAAGCGUUAUGGUAAUGUAUUAAGUAUUCGACAAGUGCAAUUUGAAGACCAAGAAGAAUUUACUCAUAGUUUUCAUGUGGUAUUUAUCCAGAUACAAUCUGCCAGAUUUGCAAAAAAACAAAUGGACACAAAAAAUUUCUUUGGUGGUAUUUUACAUGUUUGCUAUGCACCUGAACUUGAAUCCAUUGAGCAAACUAGAUCAAAAUUACAGAUGAGAAUAGUAGAAGUCAAAAAACAUAUUCAUAAAAUUGGUUUAGACCAUACCUAUAAGAAAGAAUCAACUUCUGCGUUAUUACAACAUGAUCUUUUGAGCUCAUCUCACAAUUCAAUGUUACAAAGUUGUAGUUCUAAAUCUCAAAAACAAAAUCGCUGGCUCGAAGGAGGUCUCAAGUGUUCAUAUAUCAUACCUAAGCCUGACCCUUUAAACACUAAAAAAGAAACAAAAAAGAAAUCUAAUGUCAAAGAUUUGACUCCAUUAGAUACGAAUACACUGAAGUUUGUUCCUAGACAACUGCGUGUACCACCACAUCCAGAAUCCAAAAUUAAAAAACCUAAUCGCAUAAUAUUUCAUUGACAUAUUGAUAAUAGUUAAAUUUAUUAUUUACCAUGUAUAUUAUAUAUACC